AUGAAGAGUUUUGUUCUUUUCCUAGUAGUGAUCUGUGGCAUGGGAGGAUUGGGACAGAAGCUGAAGCCAAAGAAAAGAAGCAAUGGUGAAGAAAUCAAAUUUCGGACUAAAACCAAAGACAUUUGCACAAUGAGUGUUACUGGGGACGACGAGGAGAUGAAACUUAGAAUUCAAUGCAAAAGCCAAGGCAUGUCCUACUGGUGUGAAUUCACUGGCAAGCCAUCAGUCUGUCGUGCUUACAGAAACAAUCCAAAGAUUUACUGGAAUCAGAUCGCCGGGGCGCUCAGAAAGAUCCCACACGCUUGCGAAUCCACAGAAGUGUUGAGGACCACCAUGUGCCAAAAGGCUCACCCAGAGGCUGUCAUGAAGCAAAUAGCUACUGGUAUGGAGCCAGAAGAUCUAGCCAACCAGGAAAAGCCAGUUGAGAACCCUUCCACUGGAGAAGGAGGACAAAACUCUGUUAAGAAAAUACAAAAACCUUCAAUGCUACCAACCCAACAUGGUGAAGGGUCUGAAAAUGAAACGGAAGCAAUGAAAUUGGCACGGGAACAUUGCUGGGAAUCCCUGCAUGGUUUCUGCUCCUACAUAAUUGGCAUCUUGAGGGGUUAA